AUGAGCGCAUCGGAGAAGACGGCGGCAGGUGUUUCAACGCUAACUCUUCAUCUUCAUCUUCUCCCGCAAGACAUUCUCGUCGAGAUCCUCUCCAAGCUCCCUGCUAAGUCGCUAGUACGAUUCAGGUGCGUUUCUAAAUUCUUUUACGCUCUCAUAGUUGAUCAUGGCUUUGGCGUUCUGCAUCGCACCUUGUCCUUGACACUUCCCAGUAAGGCGGCCAUCCUAAUCGCUAUCAUACCUUCUCGAAGGCCGCGCUCCGUCCCUUCCGCCCCUGCGUAUUACACCAUAAAUUUCAGCAAAGAAAACCCCCGGCGGCCGGGAAUGCUCCAAGCCGACCGUCUCGGCUACUUGGACGGUGAUGAACCCUUUCUGAAAGGUUGUCUACACUCCUCCUCUGACGGCCUGAUUUGUCUGUCCAGACCCAAUGGAGACAUCGUUGUUGUUUGCAAUGUUAGUACCGGACAACGUAUUUCCCUUCCAAGAUUCCAAUUCGACUCCCCCCAUGGAACUAAAACCUGUGCACUAUUGGGGUUCGAUUCACAAUCUAAAAGAUACAAGGUUUUGAUGAUUGAUCGGAGGAGCUGCUUCGAGUAUAAGCACUGGGUUUUGACUCUAGGAGUUGAUAAAUCAUGGAGGGAGAUCAACUAUUCUUCCCACCCCUUGGAUGGCGUUGGCUGCGCUGGCUAUUCCGAUACUAGUGUUCACAUUGAUGGUGUUAUCUAUUUCUAUAAUUGGCUGACUAGAGAUGACCCUCCUAGCUUCCACAUAGUAGCAUUUGAAGUUUGGUCCGAGAGUUAUUCUUUUAUACCAAUUCCAGCUGAAGUUACAUCAUCAUCACCACACCUUCGUUCUAUAGAUGCAUCUGGGGAAACAUAUCAUUAUACUGAUUUUGUUCUCAGAAAUUUUGCAUUGCUACAAGUUGAUGGAGGUAGACUGGCUAUCAUUUAUGUUCACAACAUAGGCCACCUAUUCAACAUGGUUGUUUGGACUUUGGAGAAAUCUAAGGGAUGCUGGGAGAAGAUUACAAUGAUCAUUCCAUUCAAGUUUGAUUUGUACCGCUUUACUACGAAUCAUGCUGGGGAAAUUGUGUUGUUAUGUAUAGAUAGUAAACAAUUUUUCAUUUUGGUUUGUAACUUGAAAAGUGAGGUUUGGAGAAAAUUUGAUGUAGGUGGAGUUAAGGAAUUUCCAAUUUGUUUCCCUGAGGAUGUUAGAAUUUAUAAGACUAUGGACCAUGUGUUUUCCAUUGAGUAG